AAUGACAUGCAUAGAGUGAGUUCAAAUUGCAGAACCCUUGCACGUUUAGUAAUCAUGGCCAGUAAAGACAUACUACUACCAUCGUUGAAUAAGCUACUGUCGCCAGAUCAUUUUGAUAAAAUUGUGAAGUAUGCAAAUGAGCUGUCCUCUGAGGUGCCAUCUCUUGGCCCAAAACUUGGCCAUCUUAUAGGUCAUUGUGUAAUGGUAAAGAAUGGCUAUGCAGUAAGGAAAAAUGACGAGACAAUGUUGGAUGCAUCAAAAAACUUCAAGCAUCUCUUCGAUUCUGAAUGGGGUUUUAGAGUCAAUGCACCAGCAAGGAAAAGAAAGAGGGUUGCCAAUUUAAACAACCCUUCCAAGAUACCUAGCACAAGCGACUUGGUAAAAUUCAGGGAUUUCCUCAUCUUCGAAAUGAAAGAAUCUGAGCAAAUUUUGGAAAGUAAUGAAGAUCAAUUACAUGUAGCAUGGAAUCGGCUAGCAAAGGCCACAAUGUGCCGUUUGAUACUAUUCAACAAACGGAGGGUUGCAGAAGUAGAAGAUUUACCUGUGGAGUAUUUUCAGAAACGUCCCAAAUGGACUUCAACUGAGGAAUUUGAAGAAUCUCUGACAGAUAUGGAAAAAAACUUUGCAAAAAGAAUGGAUUUAGUCGAAGGUUUUGGGAAAUCAAAAAAAAAUAUGAAGGCAUAUAUUCUUUUGACCCCUGAUUCAAAAAGAGCAUUAGAAGUUCUCACAAGACUCAGAUCUGCUGUUGGAGUUAGCCCAACAAACAAAUACAUGUUUGCUAGACUGAAUUCCAAUACACCAUUAUCUGGGACAACAGCAAUGAAGGAGUUGUUGGGAAAAUGUGAAGGAUUAAAACAUCCAGAAAAUAUUACAUCAACAUCAUUGAGAAAAUACAUUGCAACUGUAUCCCAAAUAUUGGAUAUGACACAGGGAGAACUAAAACUACUUGCUAAACAUCUUGGACAUGAUGUAAAAACACACAAGGAAUACUAUCAGUUGUCAUCAUCAGUGCUUGAGCUAUCCAAGGUUGCUAGGAUGCUUUAUGCUGUGGAGAAUGGUCAAGUCAAUGAAUGGGCAGGAAAGAAAAUGAAAGACAUACAGCUGGAAGAACUUCCUGAACCUUUAUCAAAGGAUGGUGAUCUGGAUUAUGAAUUGGCUGGGAAGGAGGAUCAAUCUAGUUCCACUGUAGCUCAGGCAUCUAGUUCCACAGAAGCUCAGGCAUCUAGUUCCAAAGUAGCUCAGGCAUUUAGUUCCAAAGCAGAUCAGGCAUCUAGUUCCACAGUAGAUCAGGCAUCUAGUUUCAAAGCAGAUCAGGCAUCUAGUUCCACAGUAGAUCAGGCAUCUAGUUCCACAGUAGAUCUGGCAUCUAGUUCCACAGCAGAUAAACCAUCUUGUUCAGAUCAUGAACAGCCCUCAAAUUCAGAUAGUGAACAGCCACAGUAUAUUAGAUCAAAAGGUUGUAAAAGAAGAUGGACAGACAAAGAGGAAGAAGAACUGAUGGAAGCAUUUGGGAUACAGAUUAAGAAAAAAAUGAAUGUGUCCACCAAAGCAAUCCGAUAUGCACAGUCAAAAUAUAAAACAUUACGUAGCCGGUCAGAAGCGGUAAUAAGAUCCAAAAUGAACAACAUCAUUUUAGGAAAAGUCCAAAAAAAGAGAUAGACUACAAAUGAAGUCUUUUGCAGGAUUCAUUAUGUUUUAGAAUUAUUUAGUGAAGUUACAUUUCCUGAUCAACAAUUGUCCAUUGUCUUCUGUUGAUUUUUAAUCCAUAUAAAGCACAGUCAGCAUCAGAUUUUCAUUUAACCACUUGAAUUUCUCAUGACCAAAUCAUUUCCAAUAUAAAACAUGCUACAAAUUUGUAAUGUCUUUAAAAGUCUUAACUAAGGGGGGAAACAGCUUGUAUUAUCUCUGGGCACAUGAGAUUAAAUUGUUUUUGUCUUUGUUUUUUGUCCAUUAAACUGUUUAAAAUUUUGAAAAUGUUUCCCCUUUUACAUCAUGUGACUUUAAAAUUUUGUGAAAUACAUCAACACCAUUUUUAAAGAUGUGAGGAUCUUGUUACUUUUAUG